AAAAAUGAAAAAAAAAAUGAAGGGGUAGAGGUUUUGCCUCUUGACUGCGAGAAUAGCUCUGAAUAGCCGUGGAAAAAAAGAAGAAGCAAAUCCUUCGUAAACAGAGUACCUCUAAAUCAGAGAUCACGUAAACACCUCCAAACCCACGCGAGGUUAGAAGAUAGAAUACAAUUAUGGUGCAGUGGCAGAGGCAUCUUUUCCCAAUUCUUCGUCGUUUUCAUAAGGGAGUGGAGCAUGCCAAUCACUCGGCUACAAACCUUGUAGUUUAUCGGUUUGGCUCUUCACUUACACAAGGUCAGUUACAGAGGCAAUCGUCAACAAGUUUUCCAAGUAUCGCAAGGCCUUUUUACCAACGUUUUCAAUAUCAGGGAAUUUCUAGUUCUACCCAGUUGCUCAAAAAUUCAUCUGAUGAUGCUCCUGUUUCAUCGCCUUUAGUUCCAGUUUCAUCAUUAGGUAGUUCAAAAGGUGAAGAACAGAAUCAGAAAGCUAUUACUAAGGCAGAAAAAGUUCAAGCAGUACUAAAGCAAAUAAAGCAGAGUCCAAAGAAGCUCAAUUUGGUUGCUGCUUUGGUACGUGGUAUGCUUGUUAAAGAUGCGUUGCUGCAGUUGCAAGUGACAGUAAAGCGAGCUUCAAAAACUGUAUAUCAGGUUAUUCAUUCAGCCCGAGCAAACGCAUCUCACAAUCAUGGGUUGGAUCCAGAACGCCUCAUUGUUGCCGAAGCAUUUGUUGGAAAGGGAGAUUUUAAGAGGAGAAUUUCCUACCAUGGCAAAGGAAGAUCUGGAGUCAUGCACAGACCAGAAUCCAGGCUAACUGUUGUAGUUAGAGAGAUAACCCCUGAAGAAGAGGCAGAUAUUGCUAGGCUGAAGGUCCACAACUUUAAGAAGCUCACUAAGAGGGAGAGUCGACUUGUGCCACACCAGCUUAUUGAGACCACUCCUGUUUGGGGCCGAAAAAACAAAUCUAGCCGUCAAGACUCGAUUGCUGCAGUUGCAUGAUCUUUACUUAUUCAAUUUCAUGGUUUGAUUUAUGGUUAUAAGAUAUGUUUGUGCCACAGAUUCUUGUGCAUCAUGCGAACUAGUUAAGAAACAUGUAAAACUAAGGUUUCACGCCGAGACUAGUUAUAAAUGGCUAGGUUAUGUAUUCGUAUUUUGUUUGCUCUUUGCUGCAAAUAAUAAAAUUUUGUACUGAACCA